CACAAUAUGCCACAUAAAAUGGAAGAAUACUACUACGCAGUCGGUGUGGUUAAACCCAACAGCGAAUGUAUAUGACCCAAAUCUGCGCAUCUUUUUUGAGGAAAGAACUGAAAAAAAAAGAAGAGGCGACUAAUCGAGGGAGACGAAAGAUUGAAGGGCUCGGCAUAUUCAAAGUUGAAUCAAUCGCCCAAUUGGAACUCCAAACUCAGCUGCUGCAACUCCAAUCCAAGGCUCAAAGUAUUAUGAUACCUGCACAAAGAGGCACCCAACAGGAAACAAAAUUGGAACUUAAGCUUCAUUUUUGAUGGCUGUUGAGUGUGGAUCCAUGUGUUGGAUGUUGGGUUGCUGGUCUGGAUUGGUGUUGCUGUAUGCUCCUGUGUGUUGUGGUAGUUGGAAGUUCUUGUUCUUUGAGGGUGCAGCUGUGUAAAGUACCUGCACCAGGUUUUCUGUCUCGCUAUCGAGUCUGGUCAAGACUGGGGAAAGCAAAUAGGAAAUGGCAAGAAAUAUGGGUCGUCUCUUGAAAUCGUUGAUUGAGCUUCCAGUAUCCAAAGUUGGUUUUCCAAAAAACUCAGCUAGUCGACUCAUUUGCUCUUCAACUCAAGGAGGGCAAAUCAAACAGGAUCAUCCUGGAGAGCAUGAUGCUCGUACUUUGGAUGAGAAUGAGAAGGUUGAUAACAAAAAUGAAGGGAAUAUUGAAGCUGAGGGCGACAAUGACGAAGGGGACACUUCUAAUUUUAACAAAAAGACUGGUGAGAUUGGAGGCCCUAAAGGUCCUGAGCCCACCCGCUAUGGCGACUGGGAGCGUGGUGGCCGCUGCUCUGAUUUCUAAUCUUCGUUUUAGCUUUUGAUUAAACUGUCAUCUUACAGGUAAUUUGUUGCCUAACGGAUAUGUAGGAGACUAAUAAGUAAUAAUAUAGGUUCUAGUCAAAUAAUGAUAUUAUUUUCGAAGUUCUUUUUUUCCUGAUGUUUGAAUAGUGCUAUGAAUAUUGAAUAAGAGCAGCUGUUGCACGAAUUUACAAUGCGAAGUUUCUGAUAA